AACGGAACGUUGACGAAGUGUCAAAAUUAAUUUAACCGCAACCGAUUUUAUACAUUUAAAUUUUAAGACUAAAGUAGAAAAUUGAUUAAAACAUUUUGUCAGCAUCUGCUUGCUUCAGAAAAAAAAAGAAUUUGAAAAUAAUGAAAGAAUCUUCCUUUUCUUUUGGUUGGUUGUUUGCGUACUGUUUUACUUGUAUGUGAUAAAAAUAUUAACAUUAAAUAGUAUAAAACAACCAAUUGAAAUACUUUGAUUAUGGGGGUUAAGGGCUUAUGGACUGUCCUAACUCCAUACAGCGAAAAAAAGUCCUUGUACGAGAUUCGUGGUGAAACUGUUGCGGUAGAUCUAUCAGGUUGGGUUUGUGAUAGCCAAAAUGUAACAGAUUACUAUGUGCAACCUAAACUUUAUCUAAGGAAUUUAUUUUUCCGGACAAUUUAUUUAUUGCUAGCAGACAUAACUCCUAUAUUUGUUUUGGAAGGAGAAGCUCCAGAGUUAAAGAGGGAUGUAAUGGCUGCCAGAAAUGCUAUCCAAUUUAAAGGAGCAGCACCAAGAGCUGAAACUACAACAUCAAAACCAGAUGUUGGAAGAAAAAGAUUCAGAAAUGUCCUGAAAGAAUGUGAGAAUCUGCUCAGGACUAUGGGAGUGCGAUGUAUUAAAGGAAGAGGUGAAGCAGAAGCUACAUGUGCACAACUAAAUGCUCAAGGUUUGGUAGAUGCAGUGAUAUCACAGGACUCCGAUUGCUUUGCUUAUGGUGCCCAUCGUGUGUACCGCAACUUCAGUGUAUCAAAUGCAGCUGGUGGCGGUGCGAUGCAGGGUUCAGUGGACUGCUAUGAUGCUCAACAGAUGUUCUCUGCAAUUGGAUUUGGUCGUAACAAGAUGGUGGCUCUAGCGAUGCUUUGCGGUUGUGAUUAUGGUGUGGGAGCUUGUGGCAGUUCGAUAACUACUGUUGUCUCCUUCUUGCAUACGGUCACCGAUAACGAAAUAAUACCAAGGUUGAUAUCGUGGGUGAGUGACACUAGUCGUUACGAUGAAUUAACCCGUUGGUCUGCCGCCCCGGGUCGAUGCGACCGCUGCGGUCACGUCGGAAGAACGCACCUCAAGAACGGCUGCCCCGUAUGUGCCACACACAAAGGCUGUAAUGACCUGGGGCAUAAAGCAAAAUUAACUGGUGUAAAGCGCGAGCUAUCACUUCGUAGUCGCGCCCUGUCUUGCGGGAUGCCGUUCCCGGAACCUAGGAUAAUGAAGGAGUUCUUGAACACCGCUCCCGAGAACAUAGAUCUGGAUAAAUUGAAAACUCCCGCUCCGAGCCUUAUACAAUUUAUGAAUCUAAUGACUAAAAAGUUAGACUGGACUGAGAGAUACUGCGUGGUGAAGUUUUUACCUCUGCUGACGAAAUGGCAUCUUCAAAAUGAUGUGCCAUGUAGAACCAUCAAACCAGUAGCCAUAAAGAAGAAAAGAAAUCCGCGAGGAGUGCCUAGCUACGAAGUUGUAUGGGCAGAUAUAGACGGACAGUUUGAAGGUUUAAUUCCUGAUGAUCAGAUUGAAGAAGGCGAAGAUCUAUCCACAUAUUGGACAACCACCGAAAGACAAGAUCUGAUGAGACAGUUUUAUCCAGCCGUUGUCGAAGUUUAUGAGGAUUCUAUAAAGAAACCACCAAAAGAAAAGAAAACUAGAGCCAAAAAGAAGACUGAUGUAGAAAAUCCAGAGAAACCUAAACGUAAAUACAACAAGCGAGUUAAAAAGCUUAUCGACACCGAAAUGGUUAAUCUUAGUGGAUCACUUAAAAAAUUAGAUUUGACAGACACUGCGCCUGACCUCAAUACAAGCAAAGCCAAUGUUAGUGUUAGCAUCAAUAAGUUGAAAAGAAAAAUUAAGAGCAAUUCUAAGAAGGGAAAACAGAAAACAAUAGACAGUUUUAUAGGUAAGAAGCGUAGGAAAUCUUCGAAAAAGACGAUGAAUAUGGGAUCUUGCAGCUUUAAAAAAAUAUGUGAUGAAUAUGACAAUGCAAAUGACGAUUUGGUGCAAACAGAACGAGUUAAAGAUGUAAAAAAUAAUACACAUAAUAAAGAAAAUAUAUUCUCAAUCAGCAUGUUAAAUGACAGCGAAGGUGAUGUUAACGGAAGUGAUAUAUCAGACAUUAUAGACAACAUUGUAAAAAGGCCUCCAGAAAUUAACACAAUCAGAGUUGACAAUAAUUUAAUGAAACUUGUCUUUGAAACAAGAAAUACUCCCAAAAAAACUAUUUUAAGAAAAAGUGUAUUGAAUCAUAUACAGAAUAAUUGUUCAACACCAAAACAAAGUUCUGUUAAAGGAAGAAACUCGAAUAAAGAUAACAUUGAUAAUGAAAUUGAAAAAGUGUCUUAUUGUGCAGUGAAUACGAGUUAUUUCUUUGAUAAGUUGACUGAUAACCGCGACGCUUUUGAAAUGUCUCUUGAUUAUAAACAUAAGAGUGCUAUAAUUGUAGAUUGCGAUACAACAGUAGAUUAUAGUUUACCUGAUGUACGCUUGUGAUAUCUGAAUCAUGUUAUAUGUGUGCUGUGGGGUUUUGGAUUUUUUGAUA